AUAUUAAACUUUAGGGCCAAAAAAAAUAUCACUGAUGGGAACAGUUGACUACUUCUUGAACACUGAUGUUAGGCUGACUUGACUCAAAGUUUAUCAAGGUGUGUGCGUGUGCAGCUUGCUAGUGAAACCAGGCGAUAAUCGAGGUAAUGUUCCACAUCAAGAGGAUAAUAUAAUAUCUCUAUGACCCAACAUCUAGACGACAAUCGCUCCUCUCAUUUCGGCUUGGCGCGAAUCUUCGCUCGGGUUAUCACUUCUGCUAGACACAUGAAGUCUUGACCUUGAAUGACGGAUAGUUCUCAUCUGUAGCAAGUAGCUGAUUGAUACUUUACCGUACGGGCCACAGAAUCGAAUGCUGUCGGCUUUUUUUUAUUACUGAGGAUAAUACAACUAGAAGAAAAGAAAAGACCAUAGCUGGGACAAGCUAGCCUUGCUUUUGUGCACUCKUAAGGGGAAUUUUCCGAAGUUGGUUUUCAACUACUGGAUUUAGAUUAACAGAAGUGACUCAAUAUGGCUCCAGGGUUCAAGAGUACGAUGUUCAUGGUCGUUGGAAUUUUGUUGUGGUCAUCUUCGUCGGCUCAAGAGUUCGAAUGCRAACCCAACAAGUUCAGAUGUGCAAACUCCAACUGUAUCCCGAUGACUUGGGUGUGUGAUUAUGAGAAUGACUGUGGAGAUGGAAGUGACGAGAAAAACUGUCUAACUCUAACAUGUGCCCCGGAUGAGUACCAGUGCCCUAACGGUUUGUGCAUCAGGUCCACGUGGGUAUGCGAUGGUGACGCUGAUUGUCAGGAUGAAGCAGACGAAGAAGACUGUUCGGCCACGACAUGUAAACCCGACGAAUACAGAUGUAAAGAGGGAGGAUGUAUWAAACAAUUAUGGGUGUGUGAUGGGACCAAGGAUUGUAAGGAAGGAGACGAUGAAGCCGACUGCGCCUACAGCUCGUGUACAGCAGGAAAGUUUCAGUGUGAAAACAGCAAUAAGUGUAUCCCGAAGUCAUAUGUUUGUGAUGGAGAUCCUGACUGYGAUGAUGGAAGCGACGAAUAUUUCGUAGGCUGCUCGGCACCAACUUGUUCUCCUGAAUUUUUUACGUGUAAGAACAACAAGUGCAUACCUUCGACCUGGCACUGUGAUCAUACUGAUGACUGCGGCGAUAAAAGCGACGAAGAAUUCUGCGACUUCAAAACUACCGAAAAGUCUCUAAUAACUACCAAGGGGAGGACAACAAAGUAUGCUACGACGACAAUGGAAAAUUUGCUGGUUAAAACUAUUGUUGUAGCAACAAAAAAGUUUACGGCAGCAACUGUUUUUAGGAAAAAACCAACGGCAAAAAAUGGCUCGCUUGCACAAGCACAAGUAGAGGCACAUACAAGAGCACAGCCAACUACUGUAUCAGAUAGAAGAAUAACAGAAGAUACUAGACCAACUACAACUACAUCAACUAGUAGAAUAACAGAAGAUACUAGACCAACUACAAAGUAUGUCACAAUCUUUAAUCCACGAACCAAUGCUACAGUAAAAUUCAUAGUAGGCCCCACACGGAGAACAACAUCAUCUACAACGACUACUACGCAUGCUCCAUUCAGGAUCUUGAGCUCGAAACAGCGUAUACCAAUUACUUACUUUUAUCCUUCACCUACAAAGGAGCCUAGAUGCGGAGGCAUUCUGACGUCAUCUAAAGGGGUUAUACAAUCCCCUAAUUUCCCUCAACCCUAUCCUCGAAACUCAGACUGUAAAUGGAUUAUCAGUUUGCCGAAAGUCUAUCAUGUGAUUACCAUUCUUAUUGAAACCAUGUUUCUGGAGUUGGAUCAAAAUUGUGCAUACGACUAUUUAAUGUUUCUAGACAAACUGUACAACCAAGUGGGUUGUAGACAUUGUGGAUCUUAUGUUCAACCAAAAGUUUUAGACAUCAAAGGACAUGUUGCUAUUGUAGAAUUCCAUUCCGAUCAUAACCACGGAAAAAGAGGAUUCCGUCUACGCUACAAUGCUCACUGGAACUUUUAAAGAAGUAAGAUAAGAAGAAGCAAAAAUAAUGAAGAAAGAGACGGGGACCAUAAGAAAAAGGAGCAGGAGAAGGAGCAGAAGAAGAAGAAGGAGACGGAGAAGGAGAAAARGGGGGAGAAGAAAAAAACCCAGAUAUUUCUGGAUGUAUACUAUUUAUACGCAGUUUGUCAACUAUUCCAGAAUUUAUAUAACAGGAACACGAUUUUCUUUGGAACAAACAUUGUCUACUUUAUGCACUUACUUGCACUUUCUGCAAAGGACGUCUAAUGUUUCAUGUGUUUAGUGCUUGACACGAGAACCUGAUCCGGAGUUUCAAGUUUAUAAGCUAAGUGAACACUUGUAUGAGCUUCGCUUUCUUGUGCUUGAUGACGUGAUCCAUGUAGUAGUCGUGAAAUAUUCGUGAAGUCGUUGUGAGUUAACAGUGUUYUCGUCGUUAUAAUAAUCUGGCCCCAAUUGAGAUCUCUGGGGCACACCAGAGGUUAUCUUUUUUGAAACAAUAUACUUACUCUUAUUUUGAUGAUAGCAUCAAAAUCAAUUCUAUUU